AUGGCAACACCUCAAGCUCUUCAUCAUGCCCUCCUUCGACCAUGCAUUCUACAUAUUCUUCGCGCCGCAGGUUAUCACUCAACUCGUUCCUCUGUUCUUGAUACAGUUACCGACUUAGCUGCUCGAUAUAUGUAUAUACUCGCACAAUCAACAGCAGCGCAUGCCGAUUUAAAUCAUGCCGAUCUCGAUAUCACAAUUCAAGAUGUGCGAAUGGCUAUGCAAGAUUGCGGAGCUCUUAUGCCAGAGAAAGCAAUAGAAGAACAGGAAUUUUACGGCCAGGAAGAUAUGAGAGGUGUAGAGGGGUUUUUAGCAUGGGCAAUGGGGGAAGGAAAUAAAGAGAUUAGAAGGAUUGCGCUGGCGGAUGGAGGAGAGGAUUAUUUGACUGAAGCAUAA